GGAGGGAGGGCUACCGAGGAGGGUGUUUUCCUUUUCUCCCCCCCCCUUUUUUGGAUUGCUCUCUCUCCCUCUGUCGUCGCUUGUUGUGGCUGUUAAAUUUUAAACUGCCAUGCACUCCGCUUCCAGUAUGCUAGGAGUCGUGAAAAUGGAAGGACACGAGCACACGGAGUGGAGCAACUACUACGGCGAGCCGGAGGGUUACUCCACCAUGAACGCGGGGCUGGGCAUGAACAGCUACAUGAGUAUGCCAGCCAUGGGCACGGCGGGCAAUAUGACGACGGUGGCGUCCGGCGGCUCCAUGGGCAUGUCUUACGCGGCCGGCCCGGCGGGCAUGAACCUCUCUCCGGGCGCGGGGGCCAUGGCCAGCAUGGCGGCGCACCUGAGCCCCAGCCUGAGCCCGCUGGGCGCGCAGGCCGGCUCGAUGGGGGGCGCGCUGGGCGCUUACUCGGCGCUGAGUCCUGUCGGGGCCGGCGGCAGCGGCGCGUACGGGCAAGCGGCGGGCCUGGGCCGCUCCCGCGACGCCAAGAGCUAUCGCCGGAGCUACACGCAUGCCAAGCCGCCUUACUCGUACAUCUCCCUCAUCACCAUGGCCAUCCAGCAGUCGCCCAACAAGAUGCUGACGCUGAGCGAGAUCUACCAGUGGAUCAUGGACCUGUUCCCUUUCUACCGGCAGAACCAGCAGCGCUGGCAGAACUCCAUACGCCACUCUCUCUCCUUCAACGACUGCUUCCUGAAGGUGCCGCGCUCGCCGGACAAGCCGGGCAAAGGCUCCUUCUGGACUCUGCACCCGGACUCGGGCAACAUGUUCGAGAACGGCUGCUACCUGCGGCGCCAGAAGCGCUUCAAGUGCGACAAGCCGCCGGGCUCCAAACAGCAGCAGCAGCAGCAGCAGAAUCAGGGCGGCUCGCCUGCCUCGUCGGGGGGAGCCCCGUCGCAAGGCAAGAAGGCGGCCUCGCAGGCGCCGCCGGAACGCGACCUGCCCAACGGGGCUCCGGAAUCGCCGCACCCCAGCGCCUCCCCUUGCCACGAGCACAAGCGCGCCCUGGCCGACCUGAAGGGCCACCCGGAGCCCGCCCCGUCGCCGGCGCAGCAGCAGCAGCAGCACCUGCUGGCGCAGCAUCACGCCCACGCGGGGCUCUCCCACGAGGCGCACCUCAAGGCGGAGCACCAUUACGCCUUCAACCACCCCUUCUCCAUCACCAACCUGAUGUCCUCCACAGAGCAGCAGCAGCAGCAGCACCCCCACCACCCGCACCACCCGCACCAGCACCACCCCCACCCGCACCACCCGCACCACCCGCACCACAAAAUGGACCUCAAAGCCUACGAGCAGGUGAUGCACUACAGCAGCUACGGCUCGCCGGUGCCCGGCAGCCUGGCCAUGGGCUCCGUCACGAACAAAAGCGCCCUGGAGGCCUCGCCCUUGGCCGGAGACGCCUCCUAUUACCAAGGGGUCUACUCCAGGCCCAUCAUGAACUCUUCCUAAAGGGCACCCCACCCUUCCGCUCUGCCCACCCCCUAAGCUCCAAUGCCCUCUUUCCUUCCCCAGGACAAACCCGAGACUUCUCUGGGCAGGAGGAGAUUUGAGAUACGAUGUAGACUUUGGAAAGAAUCCA